GUUGACAUCUCGCAUUGCUUACUAGUUCCGUAAUGCUCAUUGCCCUCGUCAGGCUCUUGUCCUCGUUCCUAUACAUAAGCGGUACUUCCAUAGUGUUCAGAACAACCGCUAGGUGAGCGCUAGCGUGUCAUUCCUGGAGUCCAGGAUCUGGACAAAAUGACAGUGCGCCCACGUUAAUGACAAGUUGUCGAGAAUUAGCAUCAUGCCACGGAUUCCUUCUGAUUAUACUUCUUACCCCUUCGAUUGAUGGCAGUUUUAAGUAAAUUAAAUAGUUGUCGUUAGACCUACAUUAAAAAAUGUUCAGCAAGAAAUUGCAUGCUGAUGUCAAAAAAUCGACUCAGAAGAUUCAAGAUCUGAAGAAAGAUUCUGCCACUCGUCUUAAACAUUUGAAAAUUGUUCUUGAGCAUGUGGAAGCUGAUGAAGCCAAAAAUUUUUUUGAAAGCAACUUCAGCCACAUAUACUACAUACUCUAUGACAGUUUUGUGACAGCAGAAGCAAAUUUGAGGCAGAGAGUGCACAAGGCUCACAGAGAAGAAUUAGAAUGUGUGCUGCAAGUUUUGGAACGUGUGCUGCUAUUGUUGCCAGAAUUGGUUUCCAGACGAUGGCAGUGCCACAGUCUAACACGAAUUAUGGCAAAACUGCUGCACCCUGGCAACUCCUGUCGACUUCGACGUGAUGCAUUAAGGUACUUUCUCUUAUGGUAUCAGGCCCUUGGGGAUAAUGCACCAGACACAUUGCAUGCAAUGUUUGCAACAUUGGUACCAGGCUUUCCAUCACCAUUUCAGGGCCUGGGUCCUGUGAGUGCUGUUGAUAUUCUCCCUCUUCUGCCACCUCAAAGCGGAGAGAAACAACCUGAUGAUCCUAUGAAAUUCUUUUUGGAUGCUCUCCUGGAACUCAUUGUUUCCCAAGUACCGCGCAUCGAGUGGCGGGACCGCCUCACACGCCAACACAAGUGCUUUGUGUUCCUGUUUGAGCGCUUCAAGCAAUUCUAUCUGCCGCACAUCUUCCCCCAGUUUUCGCACACAACAAGUCUGUACCGGCCUGUGCUAGAUCUCCCAAUUUUGAGAAAGAGCUCUUCUGGAGUGACUGAUACACCAGAAGGACGCCGGCGCCAGGAUCCAUUUAUAGGAUGUCGUGUUGCUGUCAUUAAAUGGGUGGCUCUCUUCACCCAUGUAACAAAGAAGGGAGAUGUGCCUUUAGUGCAGACACAUUCCAGCAGUGAAGAUACGGACCACUCCCCUGGGACGGAGCUGCGACGUGUGAGUGUGAGCCAGGUGGGAUCUAACCAUGAUGCUGCUUCUCCAAUGUCUGACUCCAACAACUCAUCUGUGUUCUCCCACUCUGAUGGAGGAAACCAUUCCCUCAGUGAGGACCCAACAGCAGCCGCAUUGCAGCUUGUGAGAGAUGUUCUCUACAGUAGUCGUGAUAACGUCAACUUUGUGCAUGAGGUGUAUCGGCAAGCAUUCUUGCUCAAUUUCACUCACUCCCCUGCAAUUCGCAAGGCUAUUGCUGUGUACAAAGACUGGAUUCAAAUGAAUGUACCUGAGUUACCCCCGUUUAUGUUAGAACCCUUAGAGAGUCACAAGGAAGAUGGUCGUAGUGGUCCUCCAUCUUAUGAAUACUCUUCUAUGGAUAGCAGUGACAUGGAGCCUACUCGUGUGUCACGACUAAGGAAUGAUUCGUAUUUGGGAGCUAUUCAUCGAGAAAACUUGUUAGUUCGGGCUGGCCUGCAGAAUCUGUUGCAGGUAUUUAUUAGCCAUGCAGCUAAUGUCUUCAUGCUGGAAGUGAGUGCUGAGUAUCCAUUAUUAUUGGAGGAACAAGUAGACACCUGCAAAAGAGUUCUCAAUAUUUAUCGCUAUAUGCUACUGCUAGUACUUCUUCGAAUUACAUCUUUAAUCUUAAGUAAGACUCCUCCGAAACGGAAAGAAGAAACUCUGGGCGGCAAAUUGGCUCCAGCCAUUUUUCAGACUCUAAUCGUAACGUGGAUUAAAGCAAAUUUAAAUGUAGUGAUUUCACCAGAGUUGUGGGACCAGUUCCUGAUGGUGCUUUCUUCACUUACUCAUUGGGAAGAGCUGAUCCGAGAAUGGGCGAAAACACUUGAAACACUGACUCGUGUACUGGCAAGACACGUUUACAAUUUAGACCUCACUGACCUGCCACUUGAUCGUUUGACGGAACAAAAAGCAAAGCGUCGUCGGGCUGGAGGCAGUGGAGGGGGUCUAGCAGAGAGCAGCAGCCGCACUACUGGUCCUGCAACGCGUGAGGCUAGUACUUCACGGCCUCUCCGCACAACAGACAGACAAAAUGUUCAUUCGGCUGUGGAUCAUUCCGGUGCAGAGGAAGGCCCCUGUUCUUUUCCAUCAAAUGCUGACUCCCGAAGUACUGGCACAGUAUUUGCCUCAAGUGGAAGCCCUCGGAAACGUCGUGGAAGUGUUGGAGAGGCAUCUCGACAAGGCCACUUGCUACGGAGUGCUAGUGAAAACAACCUUAGUGGUGGUCGAAUUUCAAGUCAUAAAAGACGUGCUCACCCGCCACCACCUUCACCUGCUGGGUUACUACCAACCACUUUACCAGACAGAGUGGAGCAGGAAGUGGCUCGACUUCUUGCCAGUCCUCCUGGUUCACAUCAUAGUUCAGCUUGGAGCCAAAGAAGUAGAUUGCAUCGAAAAUCCCACUCAAUGGAUUCUCUCCAGGGAGCAAGAGCAGGUUCACCUUCACAGUAUUCUGGAAGUGAAGGUCCUACUCGCUCUCCUUCUCCAGCACCAUCCAGUGGUGUAGAGAGUAAUUCAAUAAAAGACUCACCAAUGCAAAUAGAUGUUAUCAGUGGUGAUGGCACAAGCUUAGAAUUGAUAGAUGGAAAUUUGGAAAGGCGGUCAGUGAUGGCUGGUGGCACAGUACGAGGCUGGCUCCCUGAUGUGGCUGUGGUGCUAUGGAGACGUAUGUUAGGGGCACUUGGUGACAUUAAUGAAAUCUCCAGUCCAGCAUUGCAUAGUCAAGUGUUUGAAUACCUUGUGGAACUGUGUGACACGCUAACAAAGAUUCGGCUUAACCAAGGUGUCUCAGCGGACAAUCAGGUCACUCCUCCACCUCCAGACCUUGUGCCUCCCAUUGGAAUUAUAGCUCCUUGGUGUUUCAAGGCUUUGAUGUUACCCGAGUCAUACCAUCAAGGAAAAUUACGAGCUCUUCGACUUUUAUGCCAUAUAACUGUGGUGCCACAAGAUUUACCUCCACCAAGAGAUCACAUAGCAGAAUUUUAUAGGAUACUUCAUAAUGGAUUAGUUGGAACUGAUCAGGCUGUGGUAAAUACACUGGUACGAUACUGUGGUCCACGCUUCUUCUCCCUGAUGCUGCCGGGCCAUUCACUGCUAAUGCUAGAUUUUAUUCAUGCUGCCAACACCGUUGUAUGUUCAUCUGAUCUUUCAGGAUUGGCUCCUCGGACUGAAGCUACCUCAAUUUUGGGAGCGUUGGUAUGCCUACCACAACCACUGACCAGUGUGCCUGUUCUGCAACCUUCAGCAGGAGAAUUUAAUACAAUUCCGUGCCCUGAUGCUAAGGAGUACGUGCUUAGUGUUCUUUUACGAUGUGGCAAGCGAGAACCAGCUGCCCUUGCACGAUGCAUUGCAUUAUCUAGCCUUGGCAUGUACGUGUAUCAACAGUUAUUAUCUCCUGGACCCCAAUCUCGAGUGCGAGAAGCAGUCAAUGUGCUAUUAUUGGCUCUAAGGCUGACAAAUCGAAGUGUGGGACGAGUUGCAGCAGAUAUUUUGUUGCUCCUUUGUGACCAUGCAAAUUCAUUAGUGGAAUGUUAUCCUGACCUUCCUCCACGAAUCAUUGAGGUGGCAGCAUUGACAUUGGCACAGUUAGCUCCUACUGGAGAUAGACACCUACUCACCUCCCUGAUGUUUUGUUUGGGAGAAUGGUGUAUGCAGGUACCAAUACGUGUGCUGACAGAGCCUUAUAAUCAGUCUCAGAAGGCACCUUGUUUGCUUCAGACGGUUUUAUGCCAGUUGCAAUCAGGAAGCUCAACAAUGGAUGCAGGAACGACGACUGGACUCUUUCCUCCCGAGUACAUGCAAGACUUUGAGCCAAGCAUCCAAGUUGAUAACCUGCGAGAAGCCUCAGAAGGACCAGUGGCCCCACCUGCUGGCUUGUCUGUGAAACUGGCAGCACGCAUGGUUGUAAUGCACUUAGUAAACCAUCUUGGCCAUUUUCCGAUGGGCAUUGGGGCCGCACGCCUUUCCUCUCUUGUAGUGGAACAUGAUGAUGUACCUGGAUUAGUUGCUGACGAACUCAGUGCAGAAGUGUUUGCUGCCCCAAAUAUUCAGCUCUUUGUAGUUAGUGACCACUUAUUGGUCUCUCUUGUCGAAUUGCCAGCACUAGAAGUUCCAGGAGGCGGAGUUACAGCUGGAUUGUGUACUGCACCGUCUCAGGUGCGUGUGUUGUUGCGAGAUCUCAGUGGCAAAGCUUGUUGGGAUGCUUCAAUUCUUCACUGCAGCCCUGAAGAUGCUCCACGACCUUCAUGUCAACAGGCGAGGGUGCGACAUAACAGAGAGCGUGAUGGAAGUGAAAGGCAGUCAUCUGUGUCCCUUAUGGCCUCCAGUUUAUUAUAUGGCAGUGCGCACUGCCCGCCUCAACAUACUCUUCGUCAUAGGCCACCAAACCAGUUACCAACAUGGGAAAACGCUGCAGAAGAUAUGGAUAAUUUGGAUGAUUUGCUGCAGUAUAUUGGACACACUUCCCCUGAGUGUUUGGAAUCUUUGGAUACACCACGCAACAUUCCUGCACCUCCGCCACCACCCUUAAGCCGUGAGGCAGAGGAGGAUGCAAUUACAACAGUAUUGGGCCAACGCAAUGCUGAACAAGAGUUCCUGGCUCUACAUGCUUGUGAACCUAUUGGUGCCCUUCCAGCAGAGGUUAUCACUGCUGCAACAGGGCCUAUGUUUCGUGCACAUUCUCCACUUGUUUCCUUGGAAGACAUCUCAAGCAACGGGAGCAACAUUAGAGCUAGGUGCCGGGAAACACACAAAGUUGCAGUGGUGUAUGUGGCAGAGGGCCAAGAAGAUAAAAAUUCAAUUCUAUCUAAUACAUGUGGAAGUCAGGCGUAUGAAGAAUUUAUUGCUGGUCUGGCUUGGGAGGUCGAAUUGGAAUCUCAUACUGGCUUCUUAGGAGACUCGUCACCUUGGAAAUGAUGAGGUUCACAUUGUGUGGUCUGAACACACUCGGGAUUAUCGGAGAGGUAUUAUUCCUACAGAGUUUUGUGAUGUACUUAUUGUUAUAUAUCCACUACCAAACAAGUUAUUUCGUGUCCAGGUGACUCGCAAACCAGAAGUACCAUUCUUUGGUCCCUUGUUCAACGAGGCAAUAGUAGAUCAUAAAGUUCUGCCUGGUCUUGUUCGAGCAACAGCUAUCAAUGCUUCACGUGCUAAGCGCAGCAUGUUGCCUCUGUAUCAGAACUACUAUGAAGAACGUUCAAAAUCAUUGGAGACGGUUGUGCGAAAUCACAAGGAAGCAACAACUUUUGAAGAAUUUGCUGCUCAGGUGUACUCACCUGUCCAAACAGCGUCACCAUUUUGUCCUGGACCAACACGAUCAUCAGGAACUUCCCUGAGCUCUCGCAGCCCGGAGCCUAGCUGUCCACCUGUGCCCAGCUCCACUCUGGCUGCUGCACUCCUUGAUUCUCAUCAGCCAAGACAUGGAUCUUCCUCAACCACUGGGGAUGCUCGUCUACGAGGUCCAGAUGGUAUUAGAGUAUGGUUUGCUAGCAACGAGCCACAAUCUGCUGAUGGAGGACUGCAUGGUAUUUCUCCGAGACCUCUGAAGAAACUGUCAUUUAAGACUACUGCUCGCAAAUCUCUGGCUGUAAAGCCAGAUUCUCUCACUCCUCCUGACAGUCCUACUACACGGAAAUCCAAAUAGUCCUCUGGGUCAGCCCUCUCCCCACUUCAUAGUGGGGGGACGGUGCUCAAUGGCACAUCAGUGUGCCAGACAGAUCCAUCAUUUUUUGAAUCUUCAUUUGACCCAACCAUCAGCCCUUCAGCAUUGUGUCCUCUGCUGAGUGAUGAAGAUCCUCCAUUGUGCCAGAGCCCUCCUAGACUGAGCCUGAUUCAGGAAUCUGGCCGACUGUGUCCUCGAUUUUGCUUCUCAUUGGGUCAUGAUCAACUCUGUUCCUCAUUGAACCACCCAGAGCACUGCUCAUUACUUAGCUGUAGAACUACUGUACCUCGUGGGUCCUGGGAACCAGUCGAUUGGUGGAUUCAGCCUGGUGCUUCUUCUAUGGAGACAGACAUCCAAGUGGUGACAAGUGAGAUUGGGUUAAACCGUGUUAACUUACCCUGUUGUCUAUGUCCAUGGUCUGUAUGAAGAAAGUCUGUGUAAUGCCAACGUGUGAUGUGAUAAGGAUUGUACAAUAGUGCAACUAUCUUGUUGAUUUUUAUUAUAUUUUCCAUGUAAAUGGAAGCAACUUUUUCAAAUGGAUAAUAACUCUGAUAAUGUCGAGAUUCAAGUGUGAGAAAAUUGAAGCUUUAUUGUAAAAUGUAUUAUAUAUAAACACACACACACACACACACACAUACAUGUACACACUUAUAAACAUAAAUAAAUGAAGAGUAUAUAUUAUUCUAUAUUAUUUUAUUUCAGGAUUAUUAAUUUUGAUGUGAUUAUUUUAUUACAAUAAAGUAACUUAAAAGUAUACAUAUACUGAACUUGUUAGUUUGCUUAAUAAUCAAGCAAUUCAGUGUUAAAACAUGAUCAUAACAUAUAUCUUUUUGUUGUUGUUGUUGUUGUUGAACCAUUGUAUACAUAUACGUCACAUGUCUAUGUGUAGCAAUCUGUUGAAAUUUUGUAUAAAAUACUGUU